AUGGGUUGGUACGACACAUAUCCGCUUCCUUCUACAACACCACCUCCGUACAACGACCCUACCAAAUACGGCCGUGUGGCUGCAUGGGGCUACGCCGAGAUACUAGAAAGCACGGUUGAAGGAAUCGAGAAAGGAAUGAGCGUAUACGGGUAUCUACCGAGCAGUACCGAAUGGGAGGACGUAACUGUAGAAAGAGCUAGAGAUGCACGAGACGGGAGUGUAAUUCAGGAUCAGAUUGUUGUAGUAGAUGCGCAUAGACAGCAUUUGUGGAAGCUGUAUAACCGGUAUCGUGUUUGCGGUCCACUUCCACAAUCCGCUGGCGAGAUGGAGGAAAGAGAUCAAUUGGGUUGGGUAACGCUGAUGAUGGGCCCGUUUACUGUUGGCCACAAUCUUUGCCAUCAUGUCUUUGCCUGGCAGGGAGACAAAGAGGAAAGUCAAAAGAAGAGGAUACACCCUACAGGAAACGGCGAGUGGAGCGCUGAGGACGCCGAUUUGGGAGGUGCUACGGUUGUCUUGUUGAAUGCGAGUGGGAAAACAGCUUCCUGCUUUGCGUAUACGCUCCGAAACUGUCGGCCGGUUGAUCAUCAACCUGAUCGCAUCAUCGGAGUCGGUUCGAAAGCCUCUAUCGACGCGAUCAAGAGAACGGGGUGGUGCGACACCGUAGCUCUCUACGACGACUUCAACGACACAUUCGAGAAGGUCAAGGUCUCCGGUACGAAACGUACACUACUCUUCGACUUCGGUGCUCGCCCCGGAGCAAACACACAUUGGCGGUCGGUGCUGUCUUCAUUAGCACCCAAUAUUCCUUUCACGCUGGUGACAGUCGGUGGUGAAGUCGCACCUCAAGACCCAGAAAAAGCAGCGCAACGCCUCGCUGACAGAGCUUCGUUAAACAUAGUCAAUGCAAGUUUGUUGCAAGAGAAGGGCAUUGAGGUAGCUGGCGAACAAUACGUCAAGGAUUUGUAUACGGCUUUCGAGGCAUUCUGGGCACGGGCCAGAGACUUGGGAAUGCUAAAGUUGAUGUGGGGUGAGGGGCUAGACGACUGGGAUCGAGGCUGGGAGUUGUUGUGUAAGGACGAGGUCAGAGCUGACGUAGGUCUGGUAUACAGCAUCUAG